GACCAGAGAAAGAGGAGGAAGGCCAGCCAGGAUGGUGGUGAUCGGGUCCGGAUCCACGACUGGCAGUUCACGGCUGGUAGUCAGCGCACAGUCAGUCAGUCAUUCGGUCGGUCGGUUGCAGGUUGUAUCUUGUAUAGUCAAUUCGUUGGCAAAAGUUGCUCCCCGUUCACGGUGCCGCGACAUGUAGGAACGUGUGUUACGGUUCGCACGAGUUUUACCCGUGUUCUAUUGACUUCGAAUCACAUCUACUAAUACGAUACAAUUUUCGACAAUUUUUCAUACGCUCUUUUGUUGGUUCCGCGCAGUGGUUCGAUCGACGAAAGUGCAAAUGCCUGUAAGAUCAGUGUGUGCGCAAGGACCGAUCCUUUCUUCUGACGGGAACCAGUGAUAAAGUGAGAGGACCACGCGACCUUGAGGAGGAUCUCCAAGAGGACCUCCGCAAAGAGGUUUCUCUGCCUGGACAGAACCGAAAAUCAUCCACGGAUGGUUAACACAGUGCAAAAUUAUCCGACGUCGAUGGAUCGAAACUUUAUUUGAAACACGGAUGUUUAACGAAAUACUUGAGUCGCGUUUACACGUCCAUGUCUAACAGGACGUAAUGAGCGAGUACGAACGCAUCAAGCGUUCGUGCUUGAAACGAGGCGAGCUCUGGGAGGACCCUGAAUUUCCUGCUACGCAAACAUCGGUCUUCUAUCACCAAACUCCUCCGUUUCAGUUCCAAUGGAAACGACCAAAGGAAUUAUGCAACCGUCCAAUAUUCGUGAGCGACACCCCAGCCCAGUUCGACGUCAUACCUGGAAAAAUGGGCGACAAGUGGUUGGUCUCGUGCCUGGGCGUUCUCCACUUAAGCAAGGGACUGUUCUACAGGGUGGUACCAGCAGACCAAGGUUUCGGAAGCAGCGGAGAACCGCCAGGAUCUCCAACCGCCGAAUACGCUGGAGUGUUCAGGUUCCGAUUGUGGUGGUGCGGUGCAUGGGUCGAAGUUCUGGUCGACGACAGGCUGCCGGCGAUUCACGGACGGCUGGCUUUCGUGCAGAGCCGACACAGUGAUCAAUUCUGGCCGGCUCUUCUGGAGAAAGCGUACGCCAAACUCCACGGCUCGUACGAAGCUCUCAAGUAUGGCACCCUCUUGGACGGUCUAUCUGACCUCACGGGUGGAAUCACAGAGAGCAUCGCGAUACGCCAGGACCCAACGGCCUGCGGAAGAGCUCUCGCGAAGCUGCUCGAUAUGACGUCCCUCAUCACGUGUACUGUAAAUAACAAUCAACAGCAGACUCGCUCUAGUACAGAAAAGCUUGCUAAUGGUAUUCAGAUGGGCAUCAACUAUAGGCUCUAUGCAAUUGAGAGGGUGGAGACGUUCAAUGGCGAGGCAGUCCAGUUAGUAAAAUUAAGAAAUCCUCUUGGUCCUGGUGGAGAGUAUGUCGGUGCUUGGGCAAGAGGUGGCCUCGAAUGGGACGAAGUGCCACCGAUGGAAAGGGAGCGUUUAGCAGUCAGAAACAUGGCCGAAGGGGAAUUCUGGAUAUCCUAUUCGGACUUCGUGAAAACGUUCACUCACCUGGAAGUCGUACAUCUUGAUGCCGAGACGUCGAGGGAUGAACCAUCGUUGCAUAGCAAGCAUACUUGGCAAAUGAAACUCUAUCAAGGUAGUUGGAGGAGAGGCGUUACCGCGGGAGGAUGUCGAAACAAUCAAGAAACUUUUCACAUUAACCCGCAACUGCACCUGAUUCUGAGCGAAAUGGAAGAAGUGAUAGUUUCGUUGAAUCAACACUCUAUCAUGGAGCCAAAAGUAAUAGGUUUCACGGCGUACACUUUGCCUAAAAACAGCACGGAAUCGAUAAACAAACAGUUUUUCAAAAAAAACAAGUCCUUGGUAAACUCGCAGUACACGAAUAGUCGGCAAGUGAGUCACAGGUGUCAAUUAGAACAGGGUGGUUACUUAUUAGUACCCACUACCUUCGAACCGACUCAGGAAACUAGUUUCACGUUGCGAGUCUACAGCAGUAAGCCUUUAAAACUCAAACUUCUCGAUACCCAACCGUCCUUAAUGAAGUCAGCCAUCGUCAAAGCACCACCCCUCGAAGGCAAGGGUUUCUCGCAGUACGAAGCUGUAUUUUUGCAGCUUGCCGAUGAACACAGAACGGUGAAUGCUUUUGAAUUGCAGGAACUUCUAGAGGCCUGUUUACCGAAUGACUAUAUCAAGAGUUGCGCCUGUAUGGAAGUAUGUCGACAAGUAGUUCUCACAAUGGAUAGCUCAGGAAGCGGUCGAUUGAAAUUCAACGAUUUCAAAGAUCUUAUGUGCAGUUUAAAAUAUUGGCAGGCUGCGUUUAAAAAUCACACAAAAGAGAAGACUGGUAUACUUAAAGCUGAACGAUUACGUGACGCAUUGUUAGAAGUUGGAUUUCAGUUGAACACGGAUGUGCUUUCGAUUUUGAUUCUACGAUACAUGAGGAAGGAUGGAACACUCAGAUUCGGCGAUUUCGUUUCAGCGAUAUUGCACCUAAGUGAUGCAUUCGGCAUAUUUGAGAGUAAGGAUCCUUUACAAAAUGGAACAAUAAAAUUGAGUCUUGCAGAGUGGCUGCGAUCAUCUUUAAUGUGUUGAAUCCAUUACUCAACGUAAUAUAUGUACCUUGAAACAAACAUCUGUAAAUAAUGUUUUUUUUGUAUCGUAUGUAGGCUUAAGUUUUAGCCAUAUUAACGGUUAACGAUCAAACCCAUCUUUCUUUCUGUUUGUAAAAUAAUAUCAUUAUUACCUCCAUUAGUGAUCAUCAUUCCUUCAUCCAAAUAAACAUUAUAAAUGAUUAUGUAUAAUAUGUUGUUUGUAUAAGAAAUUCGUACUGGAUAAUAAAGUUAAGUUUAUUUUGUA